AUCAUUUCAUCCCCACUCUCACUCCUCACUUGCAUUUCUAAAUCUUCUCUCUUUCUCACUCCUCAUUUCCAUCAAUGGCGUCGCCUUCCUUACCUGUGCUCUCCAAAUGCAGCGUCGUUCCUCAUCGGAAAUCCAGUUUGGGCGAUCUCAAGCUGUCCGUUUCGGAUCUUCCGAUGCUGUCCUGCCAUUACAUUCAGAAAGGCGCGCUCUUCACCGUUCCUCCGGAUUCUCCUCUUUCCGACAUUAUUUAUCUGCUCAAAACGAGCCUGUCGGCGACGCUCAAUUGGUUCCCGCCGCUCGCCGGUCGUCUCACCACCGACGCCGACGGAUACGUUUAUAUUACCUGUAAUGACGCUGGCGCCGAUUUUAUUCAUGUUGACGGUUCGAGGAUUUCCGUUAGGGAUUUGAUCGGCUCCGGCUCCGGCGACGUGCCCGAAUUGGUGAAAUGCUGCUUCGCCUUUGACCGGACGUUAAGCUUCGAAGGACAUUUCAAGGCGAUUCUCGCCGUUCAGGUGACGGAAUUGGCUGACGGCGUCUUUAUUGGCUGCUCCGUCAAUCACGCCGUCAUGGACGGCACCUCUUUCUGGAAUUUUUUUAACGGCUUUGCUGAGAUAAGCAGAGGGUUGAAGAUGAUUUCGAAGACGCCGGAUUUCAGUCGUAACUCGGUUUUGAUUUCUCCGGCGGUUCUCAAACUUCCGGCCGGCGGUCCGGCGGUUACCUUCUCCACCGACGCUCCGAUUCGGGAGAGGAUUUUUAGUUUCAGCCGGGAAUCGAUUUUGAAGCUGAAAGCCAAAGCUAACGACGUUGACGGCGGGAUUGACGCCGCUGAGCUUAUGGGGAAGUUCAGCAACGACACGUGGAAGAAUCCCGAAGGGAAGUUAACGCCGUUAGUCAGCAAAUCGACGGCUGAGAUUUCAUCAUUCCAAUCACUCUGCGCUCUGCUGUGGCGUGGCAUCACGCGCGCCAGAAACCUACCGCCUUCCAAGACGACGAUGUUUCGAAUGGCGGUGAAUUGCCGGCACCGGCUCGAGCCGAAGCUGGAGCCGCUGUACUUCGGGAACGCUAUACAGAGCGUGGCGACGUACGCGGCGGCGGGUCACGUGGUGUCGAGCGACUUGCGGUGGUGCGCGGCGGAGCUGAACAAAUCGGUGGCGGCGCACGACGGCGCUAUGGUGAAGAAGUACGUGGAGAAUUGGGAGGUUGAGCCGAGAUGCUUUCCGCUGGGGAAUUUCGACGGCGCCGUCGUGACGAUGGGCAGCUCGCCGAGAUUUCCGAUGUACGACAACGAUUUCGGAUGGGGGCGGCCGGUCGCCGUCAGGAGCGGUACGGCCAACAAAUUUGACGGUAAGAUUUCGGCGUUUCCCGGCCGGGCAGGAGGCGGCGCCGUCGAUUUGGAGGUGAUUUUGGCGCCGGAAACCAUGGCCGGGCUGGAGUCCGACCCGGAAUUCAUGCAGUUCGUUGUCUCCAAUUAGUUCCGUGCAGUGCAGUUCAUGUUGUAUUUGUAAUAAAUAAUAAAUAAUUGCUAAAAUAAGUUUAAGUAAUUAAAUGCGGGUAAUUAUGAGUACGUUUCUGUGUAUUUAUUGCAUGAAUAGAUAGACAUAAAUAUAUGUAAAUGUUGUUGUUCCACAUCCGAUAAAAGUAGUACUAUAGUAUUCCUAUCUAAAAACCUACUUCUAAG